CGUAAAAGUAUGGCGCCUGUAGUGAAGUGAGCAGCCCAAUCGUUUGGCGGAAAAUCGCUUUCCUGCUCUCAUCUGGCCUCGAAUGUCCCUUUGUCUCCGCGAAACCUCUCGCUCGAUGACCAGGUGAAGGUGAAAGGCUCCUAAACGAUUAACAUGGAGAACAAUGCCGGGGCCAAUCCAAACAAUAACAUUACCUCGGGGCAGAAAUUUCAUCUCAACUUCUCCAGUUCUUCGGCAAUUUUCCUACUAUGGCUGACACUGACUGGCAUCAGCAUUGCAGCAAUUGUGAUUAUUCUUGUCCAGCCAUCGCACUCCCCAGACUUCUCAAACCCUCACAUGGGCUUUGAAACAAAAUCAACCUUAUUGUCAGGUCGAAAUGACGUCCUAGUGAACUUGGCGGAAGCUUCAAAACCGUACGGUUUCAUGACGAGCAACCCCGAAGGAAAAAGACUACAGAUUCUGCAAGGUCGGAUGCAUCGACAAAAGCUUGAGUCUUGGCAGCACACUCUCUUCAAGGAGAGCAAAGUUGACAGCUUGAAUGAUCUGCCAAAAGUGCACACACAUUCCGUCUUUGUCAAUUCGAACAGCACCGUUUUAGAUCAAGUUCCGUCUUCUCUUCCGCCAAAUUUAAAACAAGAGCACCAGAAUUCCAGUCAUUUUAUUUUCCCAUCAGAUUCGAGUCUCAUUCAGUCCGAUGCUUCAAUCACAAGUGACGGUGACGUCGGACAUGUCACCAUGGUUGACUACGACGAGGACGAAGACGGCCACUACGGGGAGGCACAUAAUCACUCUCAUGUCAACAAAGACUCCUUUUGUGGCCAACCAACUUGGUCGCAUGCUCGACUAAUCAUCUCGAACAAAAAGGAGGGGGAAAAUCUGUGGAAGCUGGACGUCGUAAAGGAGCUUUGCAGCCUCGAAAAAGAAAUAGAGCCGCUCUACACAGAAAUCUGUGAAACUCAGACGCCUCAAAACUGCUGUCCAAUGUGGAGUCUGACUAGAUACUUACUUUUAGCUAGUAACAAGUCCUCCUGUGAAGAGCUUCAGGAGGAUGAUCUUUUGAACUGCGCCGAUUUGCUGCAAGAAUGCACCCAUCACUUCCACAAUUUGGAUUUGGAGUGCAUCGAGGAAGAGGGCACCUGUCAAUUAGCGCCAAACAGGUGCACUCGCAAGUCGAUUGUUCGAGGACUGAUGAAUUUUAUUUUUGAUAUUGGUUUUUUGCCACCCAACUCGAGCGACCAGAAUGAGCAUGUUCUGAAGUUCAUACAAAUUAUCCUGCCCAUUGCAAAAAGUACAAAGAGCUAUGAUUUCUACAAACGCCUGCAGGCGCUGUCCUUAUCUCACUACAAGCAAAUCAAAAUAGUAGCUAUGGAUUUAGGUCUUGAAGAUUAUAUUUUCGACAAACUUCUAAUCCACGACUCGAUAAGGAUUUCCAUGAUCAUCUCGGCACUAAUUUUGAUUAUUCUUCUUUUGUUCAUUCGAUCCUUUUUGAUGAUCUUCUUCGGCUUGCUAAACAUUGUUCUCAGUUUGGCCAUCAGCUAUUGGCUCUACUGCGAAACCCUCGGAGCAGACCGAUUUCCUUUCCUCAAUUUGAUGGCUGCCCUCCUCUUGCUAGCGAUCGGUACAGACGAUCUCUUAUUCAUAGCUCACAGCUGGCAAGACUAUCACGAUCUUAAACUCAAAGACAAACUUUGGAGUCUCACCCCACUGUGGUUUUCUGUGACGGCAACAUCUCUGACCACAGCUGCUGCCAUGUUUGCUGCUCGGCUAAGCUCUGUGACGUCAAUUGCAUUGUUCAGUAUUUUUGCUGGAUCAACCAUGAUGAUUCACUGGAUGAUGACCAUCUUUUGGAUGAUACCGUCGGUCGUUAUUUCGGAAAUGAUUGCCAAAUUUUUUAAUGUGCAUAGAACUCGAUGCCGAAUGUUUGAAAAGCUCUCAUGUGGUUUCCACAAAUUAGGAUGUUUUCUUAGGACAACUCUACUGUGGAUAAUAUCAAAGGCCUCUCUCAUUUGCAUUCUCUUGAUGACUAUUUUGACGGUUGCUUCCACCUACGCAAUUUUGAUCAGCCCUCGUCUGCGAGCGCCCGACUCAAAAAGUUUUGCUUUAUUUCAGCCAAGCCAUCCAUUUGAAAGAUACCAUUCUGACUUUACCGAGAGCUUUUGGUUCGAGAAGCACCAGAAAUCUUCGAGGGAUAUUCUUCCUCUAACUUGGGUCUGGGGCUUGAAGCCCAUCGAUUCCAGAGACCUCCUCAACCCAAAUUCAAAACCAAAUGGAUCAUUGUUAGUUUUCGAUAAAACUUUUGACAUAAGCAAGCCCAAGGCUCAAUUAUUCCUACGGAGAUUUUGUCGUCAACUGAAAAGCCAACCCUUCUACAAGUCUGUCCUUGGUCCUUUGCUGCAGAAUUGUUUUCUCGAAUCCCUUAUUAGCUACAUGAACAGGAAGUGCUACGAUUCCAUUGACCAGUUGGACAGAAAACCCUGCUGCGAAACGUCCAAGUUUCCCUAUGCUCCGAAGACCUUUGCCAUUUGUCUGGAGAGAGCCAUGAAAGAUCUGCAUAACACGCCAGCCCAGUUUUUCAUGCCAACCUUGGCCGGACCCAAGUUUGACAUGAGAAUCAAGGGCAACGUGUCAGUCGCCAAAGCUGUGGUCAUUCAGUACGACUCGUCCAGAGAGUUCUCUCUGUCUUUUCAACAAAUGAACUCCUUUUUCCGAGAGGUCGAGAGUUGGACAACAAGCAUGCUGAAGACGGCUCCGAACUCAAUGAAAGGCGGUUUUUUUACUUCCGACCUCCAGUUUUAUGAUCUCCAAAACAAGCUUAUGACUGAGUCUGUGACCUCCGUCAUAUUCGCUGCCACCGCCUGUUCGAUCGUCCUCUACCUUUCGACUUGCAACCUUAUUAUAACCUUGCUGGCUGCUUUUUCCGUCUACACAAUUCUAGCCUCGUCCCUUGCAUUUUUAGCCCUUUUGGGGUGGCGCUUGAAUGUGCUUGAGUCUUUAGCUGUGACCAUGGCAGCCGGGCUGAGUGUCGAUUUUGUGUUGCACUACGCCAUAAAAUAUAACGGCCACCUCGACCGAGAGCAGCGCAUUAAACACCUGAUCGUCAAAAACUUGACUCCUAUUUGUGUGGCGAGUAUUACAACCAUCAUUACUGGACUGAUGUUGCUGACAAGCGAAGUGUUGGCAUUUAACCAGAUUGGCAUUUUCAUCAUCGACUUGACUGUCCACUCAUUUUGUAUUUCCAAUUUUGGAUUUCUUUCACUUCUAUACAGAUUCGGCCCAAGCUUCAAAACGGAUUGGGAGUUCUGCCAGAAGCUCUGUACGGUUGCAGAAUUCCAAGACGAGAUUAAUGUCACAAGUCAGGCCCCUUUGUCAGAUUCAAAUUCUGUCACCCUGACUGGCUUGGCUCCAAUGGGACCAGAACUUCACGAAUUGGAGAACAUGUCUCCAACUUUUCUGGAAGAUCCCAACCAACGAGACCACAUUUUCGACACUGUUUUAGCAGGUGCUGGAACGAGACAAACUUGUAAUAUUCGACGGCCCUCCUGCACUACGAUGGAACCUCUUCUUCAAGAUCGUCAUUAAGCUAAAUGACCAUCCAAUUUUGUGCACAAUAACUGAAUGUAUUUAGCUUACUUCUAGCAAUUUGUGCCAAAGCACUCUCCUGGCUCGAAAUGGACACAAAUGUGUAAUUUAAAGAUCUGUUGUACUUCAUGUCAAUUAUUUGUUGUCUCCUUGUGAAAAAUCGGAGCUUUUGAGCAGAUAAAGUAAACAUCAUUGUGCAAGAAUCAAAUGCUCCGAAUUGACUGUUCAUUGAUCUCUAAUAUUUUUGAAGAAAAAAAAAUGAAAAUGGAAUCUCUUAAAUAUGCUGGCCUGUAUUGUUCUGAAAUAAUGUCAUCAAUGUUUGGUGUCUCUCUAUACAGUGUUAAUUGUGAACUUAAGUGUUAAAACCUCUACAUUCUUUCAUUCCACAGAGUGGCUGGCCAAAUUUAUUAGUCCUGUAAGAGUUUUGUUAAUUACUAAUCAAUGGAACUCUAGCUGAACAAAAUGUGCAUGAUCAGUAUUAAGGAGGGAUUGUAAUAGUUGACAAAAAACAGAGUAACGGAAUCUAAGCUAACCUUUCUAGAUUCAACUAUUAUUUACAUUGUAAAAACGAGUACCUCAGCUAGCUUUAUUUGAGCAAAUAUACCUCCUAUUAUGCUUCAUACGUAAAUCGUUGUAUUCGUUGUAAUGUUUAAAGCUCAAAAAUGUUAACUAUGGUUGUGAUACAUGAAAUAAGACGAAACAAAUUGCAGUAUUUUGUUGUCUUUAGCGAUGAAUAUUAUUGCUGUAUGAAAAAUGGCCACACGAUGGAAGGCCGAAUCCUCAAUUGCGCUAACAUGAUUUAUGAUUUCUCAAUGUAAUCCAUGUCGAGAUUUACCGCAGCUAUUUAGGUGUAAUAAAGAGCUAACUGAAGAAAAUUUAAAAUAACAGAUGGACGAACGUUAUGUAUUUAAAAAAGACAACAAUAAAAUUAAAUUUAUGUUAA